AUGCUAGAAAUGUAGUGGCACAUUCUGUAUCGAUUCUGAACGCCGAGUUCAGCUGUGCCGAAACCCCCUUGACACGCCAGCGCAAAUGAAAUUGACAGAUGCCAUUGUAUUUGUGCUAUCAUCGUUAGCAAUAGCUUGCGUUGGAACAUCCGAGACCCUCGCGGUGGACGACACAGGAGUUUCGCGACGAGUGGGCUCCGCUCUGGACCUGCGCCGCGCGCUUAGUGACCCAGACACAAAGGAGGUGUUAAUUGACAGCACGAUUGUCAUAAAUGACACCGAGUGGGGUGGCAGUGUGGCAGUUCGUUCAUUGAAUGUUUCCAUACGGGCAACCGACGCCCUCCUAACCGAGGCCCGCUACGCAACCAUCAAUUUUGGAGCGUCGGUCAUGCUGUUUUCCCUGGCGCCUGGAGCUGUUAUGACAUGGGUCGGUAUUGACGUGUACUUCGCGCAAGCAACCUUGGGCGCCGCGUUCCGGCCACUGCGACAGUCCCCGGGUGCGGUUCUGGUGUUCUCCAAAUGCCUGAUCCACCGAUUGGUGGGCCUGCCAUUGGAGGCUGGGCUGGCCAGCGCCCGCUCUACAGAGCGGUCAGCCGCCUUCCCCAUCGCUGGCACCGGGGCGCAGAAUCAGCAGCAGGUGGUGGGCGUUGUCAGCAACAUGACUUGGGCCACCACCGGCAGCACCAGUACCGGCACCGGGCCGCACCACUCGACACCUUCUUCAACGCUGUUCAUGCCCUACACCUGGGCCCUGUACGAUUUCGCGGAAGACGUGGCGCUGGACAGCUCCCUGGCAUCUCAGGGCUUUUACUUCGGAGGCUACACCGUGGUUGUGAACGGCCCCUCGUAUAACGUAGUUGACAAGGAGGUCGACGCCGCCUGCUUGGCUGCAAGGCCCGCCAGUGAAUGCCUGACCAUCCUGUUGGACCAAUUGGAGGUUAGCGGACACUCGCCGCAGCAGCCACCGCCGGCGGCAGGGCCCGGCGGCGAGGGAGCAGCGGCCGGCGGCAGUGAGGCCACCAACCACGCUACCACGGUUGUGGUGGUGGCUGUGGUGGUGCCGGUGACAGUCGUGCUCCUGGCAGCGCUGCUAGUAGGCUCGCUCUGGUGGGCACGUCACAGGCGGCUAGAAGAUUUCGCAACAACGAAGCCCACGGCCGCUGCCGCAGAGGCAAGCGGCGGCGGCGGUGGCACUAGCUCGGGCUGCAACACGUCAGCAGGCGCGCAGCCGCAGGGCAAGCAGGGCACCGGCGCCCGCGACCAGCAGCAGACAGCGAAGGCGUCUGGUGGCGCGGCUGCUGCCGGCGACUCGGGAGGUCUGCGUUUGGGCGUGAUCACCGGCGGUGUUCAACGAGGCGACGGCGGCGGCGUGUUCACAGGUGUGGAGGGAGACCAAGACCUGCCCCCGUGGUCAGUGGAGGCACUCCGAGAGGCGGAUGAACUUGGAGAGGCUUACCCCAACCAAAGGGGGCUCUCACAGCUAGCGUCAGGUCUAAUCAAGAUUGGCGGUCGAUCCGUGGACGGCCGCACAACCUCCGGAGGCGGCGUGGCAGCAGAUGAUGCUACCGCGGACACAGCUGCGGCCAGUGCACGCAAGCUGGUGGCGGGAGGCGUGCAUCUGCUGCUGUCUUUUGGCGGCGGCCCGCAGAUCCAGAACCAGCAGCAGGGCCCACAACAGCAGGGCCUGCCAGAUCAACAGCAGGGGCAACCACAGCUGCAGCGGCUCCAGGUUCCAGCAGACGGGCCGGCGCAGCCGCUGGCGGCGGGACCGGCAGCGCGCCGCGGAGACUGCAGCGCUCACGAGUUGCCACAGCAGCAGGAUCAGGGCUCUGCUGCCGAGCCCGGGCCUGCAGGGGCAGACAUCGGCGGCCGCGGUGAAGUGCGUGAGGGGGCGGCGCUGACACGUGCUUUAGAAGACUCCGCAGCAGGCGUGGCCAGCAAUGGGGCAGCAACACGCCACGGUGUGAACGCGGGCGGGCAGUGUGCGGCAGGCUCCUCUUCCUCCGCUGCCGGGGCCGGCGCCGCCGUAGCCUCCGCCGCAGCCACCGCUGCAGACUCAACAGCAGCAGCAGCAGCAGCAGCAGCAGUAGCAGACGCGGCGCCGCAGGCGGGUUGUAUGCGCGUGAAGCCGUGCGACCGCAUUCCCUCGCCAGACGAGGUGUUGGCGGAGCUGGGGGCGCUGGUGAAGGAGCACCGCACCAAUGUGAACGAGGCGCCGUUCACGCUAGAGGCGGUGCUCGGGCAUGGGUCCUUUGGGACCGUGUACAAAGGCACGUGGCAGGGGCUGCCCGUGGCGAUCAAGACGGUGGUGUUCAGCGCCACACAGGAGAGCCGCCGGCAGGCGCUCAAGGAGGCAGCGCUGUGCCACAGCAUCAUCCACCCGAACAUAAUCGCCACAUACGCCACUGACCUGCAGCCAAUAGGGGUGCUGCCUGGCUCGGGGUUUGACACGCGGUCACACUCCAGCUCCACGACCCCGACCUCCAGCGCUCGGUUGUACCAAAUCACGGACUGGCGGCUGUACAUCAUCCAGGAGUUUGCGGACGGGGGGCCGCUGGGCAGCCUGUACGGGCACCCAAUGCUGUGGCUCGCUCCGGGCGUGGUGGAGCUGGCUGCAGUCGUGCCCCUGGCCCUGGGCAUCGCCCGCGCCCUGGCGCACCUGCACUCCAAACGCAUCGUGCACGGCGACCUCAACCCCAACAACGUGCUGCUCAGGCAGGACCCCACGCAGCCGUCUGGGUACGCGGUAAAGAUCGGCGACUUCGGCCUCAGUGUGAUGCUGCCCCAGGGUCGCACGCACGUGAGCAACCUGCGCAUGGGCACAAUGUUUUACAUCUGCCCGGCUGUGGUGUGCCAGGGCCAGGUCGGGGCCUCAUCGGACGUGUUCUCACUGGGUGUCCUGCUGUGGGAGCUGUUCCAUGGCCGCCGCGCGGGAGUCCUGACGAAGGAGGGGCCGCGCUACUGCACCAGCUUCCCGGCAUUUCCGCCCUCCUGCCCUGAGGGCUACAAGGCAGUGGCUCUUCAGUGCCUGCAGCGGCAGCCCAGCAACCGGCCAACUGCCCCCACCAUCGUGACCGCACUUGAGCAGCUGCUGUUGUCGCUGUCUUUGGACCCGAGCAACCCACAAGAACUGAUGGCGCCGUCAGCAGCUGACAUCGCCGCAGUAGGCCAGGUGUAGGCAAUGGCUGUGCCCGUAUGCUGAGCCGUGCUGAUGGCGGCUUGCAUGCUCAAUACGAGGAAAAGGAAUGUGAGCAACAACUACAUGUUAAGAAGCAUAAGCGCAUGUGCAUGUGCAUGCGGUACAUUGUGCGAGAGCAGUGCAGCAACCUUCCCCGCCGGCCGGCACAGGUAUACGGCCAGCAGGUGUGCCACGCGCGUACUGACUGAGAGUGCAGUUUGUACCGUAUGGGUGCUGUCAAUGUGUGAGUGCGGCAUUGUGGGCUGCUUAGGGGCGGCUGUAUGUACCAAGGCUGGUUUUUUUGCGUGUCGCACAUGCCACAUGCAUCCCGCGCAAGCAAGCGCCAGUCCGAUGGCAGUCGCGCUGAUGGCUACAGUUGUUCGUUUGGGCCGUACGCCAGGAACGGAUUGCAGCAGUACGGCAGGUGGUUACUACCGUACGAGGCUGUGCCGGUGCUGUCAAGUAGACGCGUAUGGCGAAGGCUGAACGCAAACCGACCUGGCACGCGCGCACGAGUCUGGGUGUCUGCACUGUUGCUGUUCGUGCCUAGUGUUGAAUGAGGACGCUCACGCCGAGCAUUGACUUCCGUCAUUGAAACAUAGGGCACCUACACAUAUUCAGGUGCCAUCUUAUACUUAAGCGAGUGGUGGCGCCGCUAGUGGCGCACGACUGGAAUACAUCGUCGGCUGCCACCAGGUCGUUGGCGCGACAGCAUCUCUCAGCCUCAUGAACUCUUCUGUAAUACACACCA